AUGUCCGUCCACGACCCCGAGCCGACUCGAAGCUAUACGGCGGGUGCCGAAGGCUACACCGAGGCAAUUGAACCCACCAUCUCCCGGCUUCCCAGUAUCCAGAACCCGCCGGAUCACGAGGUCUUCUGGAAGCCAGAGGAUCCCGAUAACCCGCGUCUCUGGCCGCUAUGGUACAAGGGCCUCAGUGUUGUAACGAUAAGCCUAGGUGCGACUGUGGUCAGCCUAUUCAGCACUGUCUACACCUCCGGAAUCCCGGGCCUGCAGGAGGAAUUCCACAUCUCGAAAAUCGUCGGGCUUCUCGGCGUUUUUACCUACCUUCUCGGCAUGGCUACAGGGACACUUGUCUCCGCCCCCCUCAGCGAAGUCUUCGGUAGAAGACCGGUUUACUUGGUAUCCAUGGGUAUCUUCCUCUUGCUGGUCCUCCCAAGCGCGUUGGCCCGCAACAUAGAGGCGAUCCUGAUCAGCAGAUUCUUUGGAGGCCUGUUUGGCAGUACAAUCAUGGGCAACUCCCCGGCCUCAGUGAAUGACAUUGUCUCUGAUAAGCACCGCGCUGCUGCGUUUGGUGUCUGGUCGAUCGGGCCUACAAACGGCCCUGUGUAUGGGCCAAUCAUUGGUGGCUUUGUGUUCGAGUAUCUGGGCUGGAGAUGGACGAACUGGGUUGUUCUUAUCAUGGGUGGUGCAAUUUUCGUCCUGAUGUGCUUUAUCAGGGAAACAUAUGCCCCGGUGAUCCUCCGGCACCGCGCAGCGAAACUUCGCAAAGAAACAGGAAACCCCAAGUGGUGGACUCGAUACGAUGGCGGAGAGAAUCUGUUGAAGCGUCUUAGAGUCGGCCUUAGUCGGCCGCUCGUCAUGCUGGUGACCGAACCAAUUUGUAUAUUCUGGGAUACAUAUGUCGCAAUCAUCUACGGCGUCCUAUACCUCUGCUUCAUCGCAUACCCGAUCGCCUUCCAGACCGAGCGCGGAUGGCCCCCCGGAAUCGGCGGCCUCUCCUUCAUUGGCAUCGGCGUUGGCGUCCUGAUCACGAUCGCAUGCGAGCCUCUCCUCCGUAAAGUCAUUAACAGCCACCGUAGGGAUCCCGAAACUGGCGAGGUGCCCCCCGAAGCAAUGGCCAGCAUUGUGUCCCUCGGCGCCAUCCUACUAGCCGUUGGGCAGCUCUGGUUCGCAUGGACCUGUACGCCGAAUGUCCACUGGAUCGUGCCUAUUCUAGCCGGUCUCCCGUUUGGUGCUGGAAAUGCUUGUGUCUUUAUCUAUGCUAAUAAUUACAUGUCGCGCUCGUAUGGGAUUUACACGGCUUCUGCGCUGGCGGGGAAUAUGUUCUCUCGCAGUAUUAUGGGCGCUUGUCUCCCGCUUGCCGGUCCGUCAAUGUAUGCCGUGCUGGGCCUUAACUGGGCGAGCACGUUUCUGGGUCUCGUUGAGGCGAUGUGUAUCUCAAUUCCUGUUGUUUUCUAUUUUUAUGGGCAUAGAAUUCGUAAGGCUAGUCCUAUGAUUCAGGAGAUGGAGAAGAUGCGCGCGGAGGCGUGA